UUCCCUGAGCUGGUCAGAGAUGAUUCAGGUGGUGGAGAGGAUAUCCUAUGAAGCCCAGAUCUGCUCUCCGAUACCCGGAGGAUAGGGACUUUGUCUCUCCUUAUGUCUUCAUUGAUUUUGGACCUGGACCAUUCAUGUUUUUCUCUUUGACUGGAGUCGUAUUUACUAAACAUCACAUGGUGUGUGCUCCCUGAGGAAAUCAGGACAAAGGAGUACAGACUGUGGGAACAGGAUUUUAAUCUCACUCUUCUUACUCCUCAAGCCCAAUGCAUCUGUGGCCUAGGAAGGUCAUAGUGCUUCUCCUGUACUGCUAUGGUUGUUCAGCCAUUGGUGAAGGGAAGCCAUACUUCAUUUCUAGGAAUUUCAACACUGUGCUCCACUGGAACAAGGUCGACAGCCCAGAUGAAGGGGUCCUUUACAGUGUCCAGUACAAAAGAUACGGAGAGCCAUACAAGCUGAAGAUUGAGUGCCAGAACAUCACUACUCUUUCUUGUGACCUCACUGCAGAGACACCAUACAUCUAUCAAAAUUCCUACUAUGCUCAGGUUUUCGGCAACAGUCACUCGCUAGGCCGUACAGCAAUGUUUAAACCUCUGAGAGACACUGUCCUUGGGCCACCCAAUUUGUCUGUGACCCCCACAACAUUAUCUUUAAAAGUGACAGUUACUCUACCGUUGGGACCGGAUAAUAAGGCUUCCAUCGAGGAGAUUUACAACAGUACCAGCUUUUCCUACCAUAACCCUCCAACUCUCUAUAUCCUCAACAUCACUCAUCCUAGCUGGGCAGCACAGGUCCAUAAAAACACAACUGGAGAGUUUGUCCUUAACCAUCUAAAGAACAACAACGUAGAGUACUGUGGCUAUGUGGUCUACACCCCGACUAGAGAACUGCACCGAAAUGCCAGUGAGAGACGUACAUUCUGUGUGACAUUACCAGGUGACCUCUGGCUGCUGUUCCCCUGGUUCCUUCUCUUAGGGUGUCUGCUACUUGGUUCCCUCCUGCUACCGGUGGUGGUGUGUCGUCACUAUGUGAAAAAGAAGAUUAACAUGCCAGACGCCUUGAAACUGACAACGAGCAACGUCCCACCUCCACCUCCAGAAGCCAUCACCAUCUCCAUUGCCAAGCCGUAUCAUUACCCUGUGGGGUUCUCCUACGGUGACCUGAAGACUGGUAAACUCCAGAUGGGGUCAAAGUUCACCAGCAGUGGGUCUGGGUCCUAUUCCCCCCAGGACGAACCCUCCUUCAUUGCCCAGCCCAGGCACUGUGACACCUACAUGGGCCAGCAGGGUCCACCCCUAGAGCACUCCAACAACAGCACCCAGUCCUCCACCAACUAUAGCAUGGUCGUAGUGCAGGUGGCCAAUGAAGGUGUGGAGGAAGAAUGCCAUCGCCAUCCAGACAGUGAAGACAACAUCAACUCUCCAUGGUCAUCUGAAUCCAGUGACCACAAACUCAUUUGGGUUCAAGGUGGCCCAGUUUUGUUUUCGUGUGGAGCACCACCUGAGCCAAACCGUUGUGUUGGAGACAGGGACUCAACAGGGCACCCCCUGGUACUGCCCACAUUGCGGCGUAUUGACGGCCUACUGCAGUUGUCCACUCUGCUGUUCCAGCCAGAGACACAGAGUGCUGUGGCCAGCCUGGCACUGCCUACCAACGCUGAGGGGCAGCCCCUUUUGUGGGACCUAGACAGCACUGGGCAAGGGGCAUCACUAUUGUCUGACCUGGUCACCACGGGGGAGACAGAGUGGUUGGACCCUGGUACAGGAAGAGAGGAGAAGAGAACAAUAUACACCCCAAUCUCUCCAAUGUGUUUCAAUAACUCCAAUGACUCUCCAUCUCACUCCAUACCUCCCAUCACCCUUGCAGACUGCGAGACCUCAUCAAUGACACUCUUGUCUAGUUACAAACAACACCAGGUACCCCUUGCCCCUCUAGGGCUAACAUCAGAGGAUAGCUUUGGUAUUUCCUCAUAUGCUCCACAACAGGCUUGGACUGAUCAGGAGGAAGCAGAGGAAGAAGGAGAGGAAGAAGGAGAUGAAAGAGGCAGUGAAUUCUUUCUGGGUGGUUGGGUGGUACAAAUUCUAGGAUGAUUGGUUUUCGUUAUUUGCUUCCCUAAAAGAAUCUUAAGGGCCUCUGUGCCUGUUCUUUGCUCUCUUUGGGUCCCCAAAGUAAGUCAGAGACAAGUUCCGUCUCAGCGAGCCUUCACAAAGUGCAGGGAGAAGUUGGAAGGAGCAGAGAGAGGGUUUUGGUGGCGGUGGAGAGUGGGGCUUUCACGGUCCCUCUCCUGCCUGCCAUGGCGCUUGUGAUCCAGCAUCCAGCACACAUGGCCCCCUCAAUGGAGUCCUACUGAAUCAAAGCUAUAAUUUUGGCCCUUUUUUACAUUAUGACGAAUGUAGGAUGUAACAUCAAGUGCUGUAAAAUGUAGGAUCAAGGAUAUAGGAUUAUCAAAUGCUGUAAAAUAGAUUUUGUACAUUAUAAUGUGACACUCUUUUACAUUUGCAUAUUUAGCAACAUUUCCAGCAAUAGGCUAGUUCUACCAAUAUAUGUGUGCAUCCAUACACACAUCUUAAUGUACACUAACGUGUUCAUUUAAACCAUGACUGUGAAGUAUUUGUUUCAUUUGAAGAAAUUAAAUGGACAUCCAGGAUUCAAGCUGGGUGGCAUAAGGUAGUAAACAGCCAGUCCUCUUAUGCCAUAAUGUCAAAGGCACAAAGCUUUAAUUUCAGCAUAGUAGUACUUUUGUCUCUUUAUUUAUUGUUUCUUGUUUCAUAUUAUAUGUGUUAUUGUGUUCCACAUUAUAUGCACCACAAUGCUGAAGAAAAUAUGACUGACAUUUUAAUGAGUUUACAGCAACAAUUGAAAUUCACAUCAGCAUUGAAGGUGAUGUACUGUAUAUAUUUCAAAAAUAUUAUUGUCAGAAAUACAAAAAAGGGCAGUGUGAGUUACAUGAGAUAUGUGUCAAAUAACUUUGUUGUGUGUUUUGUCUUCAAAGUGUGUGACCUCAACACUGUCCUGUCAUUGUUUGCUGCACUUUAGAGGUGAUGAAAUUACAGUAGAGGAGACAAAAGGGUUGGUAAUUCUCUACGAGGGUGUGGUGGUUAUGGUACUUUGGUUAGCUACUAACACCAAACAGGGCCUGUAGUAUCUAAGUGAAAAUACCUAUGCAUUUACUACACUUUGAUAUAAUAAUAGGCUAAUAAACUGUUAAAACUGUCAGGUAUUCCUAGUUGAUGCUGUGAUGUGUAUCACAUAUUCAACAUAUAUGUACAGUAUAAUACUGAUUCGUAUUUAUAUGG